CCACUGCUGAUGGCAAGCUGCGGUGGCGUCUUUGCAGCCAACAUGUUCUACCAUGUCUUCCCUGACGUGUCCUACCGCCAGCUCUAUCAGGCCUGGUCCAAAGGAGAGCCGGUCACAUUGUCUGAGAAACUAGAGGAGCUUUUCCAGCAGACCCUGGUAGGAGCGUGAUGAGCGCGCGCUUCCGCUUGCCUGCUGGCAGAUCCUACAAUGUCCGGGCGACAGAGCUGGAGCGAGACAGGCACCACACACAGGUUGUGUGCAACGUACUGCUACUGGACAACACCGUCCAGGCUUUUAAAGUCAGCAAGUCAGAUCAUGGGCAGAUCUUGCAGGAUGCUGUCUUCAAGCACCUGGAGCUGACCGAAAGAGACUACUUUGGCCUGCACUUGGCAGAUGACUCCUCAGAUACCCCGCGCUGGCUCGAUCCCAACAAGCCCAUCAGGAAGCAGUUAAAAAGAGGUUCCCCCCACAACUUGAGCUUCAGAGUCAAAUUUUUUGUGGCAGAUCCUAGUAAACUUCAGGAAGAAUACACACGGUACCAAUAUUUCCUCCAGAUCAAGCAGGACAUAUUAACUGGAAGAUUGCCCUGUCCUCACAACACAGCCGCACUUUUGGCUUCCUAUGCUGUCCAAUCUGAAUUAGGGGACUAUAAUGAGACGGAGCAUCCUCUGGGCUAUCUGUCUGACUAUUGCUUUAUCCCCAACCCCCCACAAGACUUCCAUAAAGAGGUUGCCAAACAUCACCAGCAGCACAGUGGUCUAUCUCCUGCCCAGUCGGAGUUUAAUUAUCUGAACACAGCACGUACGCUAGAGCUCUACGGGGUAGAGCUGCACUAUGCAAGAGACCAGAGUAACACAGAGAUACUUAUUGGGGUGAUGUCCGCCGGCAUUGUGAUUUAUAAGAACAGGGUACGGAUCAACUAUUUCCCAUGGUUGAAAAUAGUGAAAAUCUCCUUCAAGUGCAAACAGUUCUUCAUUCAGUUGAGAAGAGAGGCGACUGAGACCCGGGAGACGCUGCUUGGAUUCAAUAUGGUAAACUACCGGGCCUGUAAGAACCUGUGGAAGGCCUGCGUGGAACACCACACCUUCUUCAGACUGGACCGACCCAUCCCGCCACAGAAGAAUUUUUUCUCCCAUUAUUUCACCCUGGGUUCAAAGUUUAGAUACUGUGGGAGGACGGAGGUGCAAUCUGUACAGUAUGGAAAGGAGAAAGGCAUCAAGGACAGAGUGUUUGCCAGAUCUCCCAGCAAGCCUCUGGCCAGGAAGUUGCUGGGCGGAACGGACUGGGAGACGGUGAGCAGGAACAGUCUAUCAGAUGAAAGACUGGAGACUCAGAGCCUACCGACCCGCUCACCGCCUGGAACACCCAAUCAGAAUUCGCUGUUUACACAAGACGGCACGCGGCUACGCCCGUCGUCUGUCGGCCACCUGGUUGAUCACGUGAUACACACUUCGCCCAGCCUGCCCGUCUUCUCCUCCAAUCACAAGUCGGCCUCCUCCACGCAAGCCAACAGUAUCAGCUUGGACUCCACACCGUCUCCCGAAGGCGUGGACGGCCAGCCUCCAGCUCUGCCCCCCAAGCAGCUGAGCAGGAAGACCUUGAGCCAGAUCAUCCAGGCCCACUCGCAGCAGAGUCUCCUGGACAACCACCUCAAUGAGAUGUACGAUGUUCCUGCCAACACUGACAAGACCACGCUAAACGGAGUUGUCCCUCACGAUAAUCUGGUCUUGAUCAAAAUGAGACCUGAUGAACAUGGACGCUUUGGCUUCAACGUAAAGGGUGGAGCUGACCAGAAGAUGCCAAUCAUUGUGUCAAGAGUUGCUCCUGGAACGUCAGCUGAUCUGUGUGUACCACGCCUGAAUGAAGGCGACCAGGUCGUCUUAAUCAAUGGGCGGGACAUCUCUGACCACACCCACGACCAGGUUGUAAUGUUCAUCAAGGCCAGCUGUGAGAGCCACUCUGGAGAACUAAUCCUGCUGGUCCGACCAAACGCCAUCUAUGAUGUGGUGGAGGAGAAAGUGGACUCUGAACCAGAUUUCCAGUACAUCCCAGAGAAGUCCCCUCAGGACCCCACUCAACUAGACCAGCAUGCUUUGAGGGACUCUAUGGUUGCCCUGAAGGAAGGUCUGAGCAGUGGCGCCAUACUGGCCCAGUUUGAUCAACUGUACAGGAAGAGGCCAGGGAUGACCAUGCUGUGUGCCAAAUUACCUCAGAACAUUUCCAAAAAUCGCUACAGAGACAUCUCUCCUUAUGAUGCCACGCGGGUCAUUCUGAAAAGCACAGAUGACUACAUCAAUGCAAAUUACAUCAAUAUGGAGAUUCCUGCCUCCAGUCUCAUCAACCGCUACAUAGCUUGUCAGGGCCCCUUGCCCAACACAUGUCCUGACUUCUGGCAAAUGACCUGGGAGCAGGGAUCAUCUAUGGUGGUCAUGUUGACGACACAGGUUGAGAGGGGAAGGGUGAAGUGCCACCAGUACUGGCCCAACCCAGACAGCAGUGCCUCCUAUGGGGACUUCACUGUCACGUGCCACAAUGAGGAGGGCAACUCUGCCUUCCUGGUUCGGGAAAUGAGUCUCAUGCACUUACAGAGUCAGCAGCAGAGAGAGCUAACCCAGAUCCAGUAUGUGGCGUGGCCCGACCACGGUGUUCCUGACGACUCCACAGACUUCUUGGACUUUGUGGCUCUGGUGCGGAGCAAAAGGACUGGGCAAGACCAGCCAAUGGUUGUACACUGCAGUGCCGGUAUUGGUCGGACAGGGGUUCUGAUCACCAUGGAAACAGCGUUGUGUCUAAUGGAGUGUGGCCAGCCAGUGUGCCCUCUAGAAAUUGUCAGGACCAUGAGAGAUCAGAGAGCCAUGAUGAUCCAGACACCCAGUCAGUACCGCUUUGUGUGUGAGGCCAUCCUGAAGGUCUACGAGGAGGGUCUGGUCAGACCGCUGACGCCCGUCGCCGUCUACCAUCUCCGAGAGAAGGCGGAGGGCGAUCGAGAGGAGGAGAAGAAAGAAAUGAGAGACGACACGGCGGAGGACGGGGAGGUGGCUGUGGUGGAGCUGUUGGAAGGAGGUCUGGAUGAUGAUGAGGAGGAGGAGGAUGAUGACGAGGAGGUGGAGGUGCUUGAUGUGGGGGAAGUGACUGAGGAGGAAGUGGAGGAGCCCAGUGUGGCUAGCGCCGCCAGCGCUACGAGCGUGAACAGCGACACCAGCGUGAAUCCCAAUCCCGAUCCUGACCCAUGACAUUUUAGGGGAGCCAGGAAGAGGUCAAGUGGCAGGAGGAGGAGGAGAGAACAAACGCACUGUUGCACUUUAUAACACAAACGGAACGAACAAUUGACAAACGGGAAGGCUGGAUUUUUAAAGAGGCGAUCCAGCUGUGCUGCGUAGGUACCAUUUGAGGAUGUUGUGUUCAGGGUACAGAAAAAGUCUACAAAGACAUCAAUAUGGAUGCGGAUUUGCUGUUGUGCCAUAAGUACGAAGGGGAAGGGCUGUCCCAUGGAUGGAAAGCUUCCCCCCAACCCUCCCCACCCCAAAAGGGUUGCCCUGUCCCCUUCAGAGCGAGUCUGCGAGACAGACCUGCCUUUUUUUUUUUAGUGUCCUUUUAGCUGAUAAAGAGAGAAACCUUAUCUUUUGUUCUUUCGAAAGAGUAUUUAUUGUGUUUUAGUUUGUGUCAAACCCUGUCCACUGAACAAAUGUUUGUACGAGUCUAGAACUUCAUGCUUAUCACCCCCCGCCCUUUUUUUUUUAAGUAGUAAAGUAGUAUAAUUCCUCUUACCUUAGUUCUUUUGCUUUGUGAGGAAAUAAGACGUGAUUUAAUUUAUUGUGUUGGUCUUUCUCAGCGUUCUUGUCAACGCUUCAAAGACUAUUUUGACUCUCAAGUUCUGCUCUUUUUUUUUUUUUUUUGCAGCUACAGACGUCAUCAAUGUGCGGUGAGGAACAAAGCAGGUUUACGGUCUUCAAGGUGUGUGCUCAGCAGGCUCCCCUUUUUGCAGUUGUGUGCUCGCCACCACUUUAGAUGAAAGUAAACAAUGCCCUGCGACUACUGAACACAAGUAAACAAGGGAGGUGAAAAAAAAACAAAACUAUUUUCACUCAUAGGUCAGUGUUGUCUUCUCAAGUGUCUUCAGGCGUUCAAUCGGCGGAGAAAAAUGUGUCAUACUUUUGGAGAAAAUACUGCAAAUUCUUAGCUUUAAUCAUUUUUAAACCAGCCUUGUGGGGUUCAUAUAUUUUUGUUGUCUUGGAACAAGCAGCCCAAACAACAUGGGACUCCUUAAUUGUCCUUAUAUGAGCUGGGUGAGUGGUACUCCAUGAUUUCAUAGUACUUGCUUUACAGUUCAGUGAAUGCCAGUAUGAACUAGAGGUGUCCCGAUGCAACUUUUUCACUACCGAUAAGGUACCAAUAUUGCAGCCGAUACCGAUAUCAAUCCGAUACAAUAUCAGCACGAAUCAUACACACACUUAUUGCUUAUUUUGUUGUUUGGAAUGUUAGAAAAGUCCUGAUCAAAUGGUACUACUCUAAUUACUUCUAACAGAGUACAGUACACCCUCGUUUAUCGUGGUUAACUGGUUCCCAACCCACCCGCGAUAAGUGAAUUUCCACAAAGUAGCAUUUCUUCUUUAUAAAUGAAAUGUUUUCGUGGUUAUGGCAUAGAAAACCUGUUUAUUAUAUUCUGAAUAUGUUUUGUUUUAACAUUAUUAGAGCCAUCUAGACAUGAAUUAACAUCCAUUUAGUCACCUUUACUCAUGUAUUACCCAAAAUAGUAGACAUAAUCAGGGAAAAAUAAGCCAUUUACGACAGUUUACCUUCAUGGCGGACAGGAAGUGACGUCGGGUGUUCAGAGUUGAGUUUUAGCCUGUUACGGGCUAUGGCUGCAACAGUAACCCAUGUUAUUAUUAUUAUGAUGAUGAUGAUGAUUAUAUUUUUUGUGCCUGUUGUGAGAUUUUCAAUUUAGACCUGAAAUAAAAGACGGGUUGUUUAAGUCUGGUUCUUCGGGGGUGGUCUCACCGAACAAUUGCUGACACCUAGUGACCAAUUUAGAAUACUACAUUCACACGUUGGUGGUCUUAAUAGCUUAUACUGUAUUUGUAUUUUAGUUCAUUUAGCCGUUUUUAUGCUUGAAAAUGCUUAAAUCUGGCAAAAAAUUUGCUUAAAUAUGCAUUUUUUUUCCUGUACUAAUAAUAGCCUGUAGUCCCAAACAAAACAGCAUUUAUUAAUGAAUUAAUGUUUGAAAAAACGUGAUCGAGUGAGGGAGCGAUGUUUGCACCGCCAUGAAGCAAGGGGUGACUGUAGUCAGCAACAGUAGGUAUGAGGAAAAAAAUUCUCACGCUUUGUGGAUGUUUAUGGAACUGAUAUCCGAUAUCAAUAUCGGAUCAGGGCACCCCUAGUAUGAACACUCACUGGCCUAAAUUUCCAGCCUGCAUUCCUAACCUAUUCAGCACAAUAUAAUGCAUUGUCUUUUUAUUUUGCCUAACAACAAAAACAUGCUUUGCUACUAAUGUCCUGUUCAUAGCUGUAUGUUAUGCCAUGUUUCAUCACUAUAUUCAUCACUUCAGUGACUAGAUAUUCAUAUCUAGGGAUAUUCGGGCUUUUGUGUGAAAUUUCAGGAUGAAUCUAUACUGUUGAACACACGUUCACCUCUUCAUUGUUUCCGUACAUUUAGCACGACUUGCGCCAAUUCGACACUCUUAAGCUCAGUGGCCACUUACCUAUGAGGGCAUUUUGUCUGAAGUGAGGUACAUUUGUUAAGUUGUUAGGCAUCAUCUUAGUCAUCUGGCAGCUGUACUCAAUUAAAAAAAAAAAAUGCACGGACAGUGAGUCAGCAACACGUAGGGCGCUUUGUUUGGGCACGUGAUUUCACGGAACGAGAGUAAUCCCAAAUACAAUAAUCCCUCGCCACUUUGCGCUUUGAAUUUUGUGGCUUCACCCUAUCACAGUUUAAAAAAAAUACAGUAUAUUAACUCAUGCAGUUUUGUGGUUGAAUACAGCCUAUUGUUAGUCAUAAACUAUGCAUAUUUAAGCAAAUUGUAUGUAUGCUUUGGCCUGAAGCAUUUUCAUUGAAUGAAAAUGGCUAAAAAUGAACAAAUACAAAAAUAAGGAAUUCAGAAGACACGUUCAAAGAUGUUGUGACAAUAUGUAGUGCUCUGCACUCGUCACUGGGUGUCAUUAAUGUUACUGUGAUGUUCGGUGAGACUCACAAGCGCCAGAUGUAACCCCUCGGAACAACAGGUUUUUACUGCUGGUUUGAAUCAUCUCACAACAGGCACAAUAAUACCUAACACAGCCUACUGUUGUGUCCGUAACCUAAGCUAAAACUCAACUCUGAACUCCUGACAUUGCUUCCUGUCCGCCCUCCCUACACUCAGCUCAGUAUGAGUCUUACUUAUGUCUUCAAUGGAUUAUUUUCUCUUAUUAUGUCUACUAUAUUGAAUAAUACGAGUGUAAAGUUGACUAUAGAGGUGUUACUCGAGAGCUCUAAUGUUAAAAAAACAGGUUUUCUAUGCUAUAAACUACAAAAAUAUUUCAUUUAUAAAUAAUCCUACUUUGUGGAAAUGCACUUAUCAGUGUCGGGUCUGGAACCAAUUAGCCGUGAUACAGUACAGUGCAUAAGGACUACUUUGCUAUGUGCAAUAUUGUACGAAAACUGAGGCAUCGAGAAAGUGAAUGUGGUGCAUUUUAGGUUCAUCUUGAAAUUUCACACGGCUCUCCCAAAGUUUUUGUGAGUCGUGUAUGUUUUUAAGCUUCCGCUUCUCUUAAUUCCUCCUCCUUGUCCUAUUUGGAAUAUUUGGAGCUGUCUGUUUUAAGCCUGCUUGUCCGUCAACUGGAUUGAAACAUAAUGCCAUAAACUGCUUCUAACCUACACACUUCCAAUUCUGUGUCUUAUGAAGCUUUCCCUCUCAGACAUGUUUUUGGUCUUUCCUGGAAAAACUGGCUCCAAUGCACUUGUUUCAAACUGUGAUCCUUCCUCUUUUUUAACUUUAUGUGUUCUAUUAAGAAGAUCCUACUUUAUCAUUUACACCCCUCUCUCAGAUGUCAGCACAGGCUUCACUGCACAUCUUAUCCAUCCUCCUUGUCUUUCUGCAAUCAAAUCACACAUUGGAACGGUGGUACUGUACAGUUUUAUUGACAGUACAUCUUUUGCUUAUCAAAACAACGCUUGCCGCCAACUCCCCCCAACCCGUCUCUUUUGCGUUCAGCAGCAGUUAGUCAAAUUGAAUUGUCUCAUUUACAGAUGAACAGAAGAUCAUCAGCAAGAAAAAAAACAACUUGACACACUUAAACAAAAGUUAAAAACACGUACCCUGCAGUGUGCUGUAUAGAUGUUUUGUUCCUGACAUGUUUAUGGUACUGAUCUAGAGGGGUUCCAAAAUUGGCAAGGCUUGCUUUAUUUAGCUGUAUUUUUGCAAAGAUGACAACUUGUAGAAAAGGGCAGCACUUUGUAUAAAUGCUGAGUGGCAGGUCGUGCUACUGAUUUUUUUGUUUAAUUUUAUUUAGAUUUUUUUUUUUUUUUUAAUAAGACACGUAGGGGGUAAAAGAAAACGUCUCACUACACAGUGCCACUUGUUCAUUUUGUGUACAUAAUGCUAGACCAUGUAAAUACAAUGUUGUAUAAUAAAAAAAAAUCUUUAAAAUAAAAGGGAAAAUCCAUUGUGAGCAGAAGUAUUUUGUUGUUUUCCUCUGGAAGAUUCAAAUGUUACACGAAUGAUGUGUACUUUGAGACUGCUAUUUCAUUUUUUUUUUUAUUUUUUGGUUUGAUAUGACACAAUCUACAGUAUACCGGCAAGUAUAUAUAUUAUGAAACACAAGACGAUGUUUUUUCCUUCUAUUUCUUUGGUUAAGCUCUUUCUGUGUCGUAAAAAAAAAAACAUGUUUGUCCUCGGUUUUGCUUGUUUCUUGCUGGACUCGUGGUUUUACUGGUGCUUUGGACAUGUCUAUAAGCUUGAUUGUGAACAAUUAAAGCUUGUCUGUCAAAGCAUGGCGAUGUCGCGUCAGGUCACCUUGCUUUUCCACACUGCAAAAGUGAGG